AAAUUUCCUUCCAUGGCACUAUUAACCUGGCCCUGCCCACAUGUCCGCUCCCGGUUGGUGUGAAUGCUCCGGGAUUAGCUCAAACCUCAGCGAUUUUCCCAGCCGAUUGGCUGUGCAAAUAGACAAUCCUUUCGCUUUUCUGAUUGGUCGCACGUGGCAUGGAGGACGUGGGCGUGUCUCGCCGGAACUCGCUGAGCUGUCAUUUGAAGAUGAACAGGGUAUUGCCAGAGCUUCGUGGCGUCGCCUACGGCGCUCCCUCCCUCCUGGCCCUUUACUAUCCUUUGCAUUGGUCAGAUGUGUCGUCACUCAUAAAACUUCUAGCUCACUGGUGCAAAAGCUCCAGGAGGCGGUGGGUGAUUGGUUGGUUGCUGUUCCUGUCUCCACGCCGGUUGUGGUUUAGCUGAACUGAGCCGAAAUCCUAAGGGCCGCGGAGUCGGCGGUGAUGUAGGUAGCGGUGCCUUGAGUGGCAACAGGUGACUCUCCGGCUCACCUGGGGCGGCAGCACUCAAGACCUGGCUGGAUCUCCACUUCGUCUGCGGGCCAGAAACUGGAGGGCGGCGGUGGCUUGCGGAAAGGUAUUGGGCUCCGCUGUUCCUUCUUUGCCCUCUCGACGGCCGGAGCAGCGAGGAACCGAAGGAGGCUUCGUAGGUUCCACGCAAGGCCCUCUCUCUGCUCUUCCAGGGGCGCACAAGUUGAGAAGGAGCGGCCUGGCGGCCCAGAAUUCAAUUACAAUGGGAAACAUUUUUGAAAAGCUCGUUAAGAGUCUACUUGGGAAAAAAGAGAUGCGGAUUCUUAUAUUGGGUUUGGAUACAGCUGGAAAAACCACCAUCUUGUAUAAAUUGAAGCUGGCGGAGACUGUGCCUACCAUCCCUACAGUAGGUUUCCAUAUGGAGACGGUAGAAUAUAAAAAUAUCACCUUCACAGUCUGGGAUGUUGGCAGCCACUUCAAAAUGGGACCUCUGUGGCGGCAUAUUUUCCAGAACACAAAAGGUCUGAUUUUUGUGGUUGACAGUAAUGACAGAGAGCGGAUUGAUGAGGCCCGGGAAGUACUGACUUACUUAUUAGAGGAUGAUGAGCUCAGAAAUGCAGUUUUAUUGGUAUUUGCCAAUAAACAGGAUCUCCCUAAUACUAUGAACGCGGCAGAGAUAACAGACAAGCUCGGCCUCCAUUCCCUCCGCUACAGAAACUGGCACAUUCAGGCUACUUGUGCCACUACCAGACAUGGGCUUUACGAAGGCCUGGACUGGCUCGCCAACCAGCUGCAGAACCAGAAUUGACCAGAAGGAUCUAUUCUUUGUGCCUUGUGGCCACAUCGGUUGGCCUCUGCUGCGUGCACGUGUACCUGUGUGCUGGGAGUGGAGGCAGCUUUCUCACAGUGCCUUAUCCAUGCCAUAAGAAAAGCAGGUUACAUUUUAAGAAACCCCGUGUUAAGUUUUAAACACCACCUUCCAUUUCAGUAGCUUUGAUGUUCAUUUUUGCAGUUGAUGGAGAAGUCCAGAGGGCUUGCUGGCGCUCGAAGGCCAGAGCGCGCUUCAUGGUGGAAAGGAGGAGGAGAGUUGGAGUGGGAACUGAGUUCAGCUGUUGCAAUCCUGGUCUGACAUCUGGAGUCCUGCUAGUCUUUGGUGUCCUUUUGUAAAAAGGAAGGAAUUGUCAUUCUUUUUUUUUUUUUUUUUUUAAACCAUAUUUUUACUGUACCUUUUCAUGUUUAUUUUUUAUUAAAAAUUUUCUUUUUUUUUUUUUUUUUUGAAAUAACCUCCCACUCUGUCACCCAAGCUGGAGUGCAGUGGUACGAUCUCAGCUCACUGCAACCUCCGCCUCUCGGGCUCAAGCAGUCCUCCCACCUCAGCCUCCUACAGGUGUGCACACCACACCUGGGUAAUUUUUGUACUUUUUGUGGAGAUGGGGUCUCGCCAUGUUGCCUGGGCUGGUCUCUAACUCUUGAGCUCAAGGGAUCCACCCACCUCAGCCUUCCAAAGUGCUGGGAUUACAGGCAUGAGCCACUACGCUCCCCAGAAAUCGUCAUUCUUUACCAUCACUGCUGGAGCUAGCAGCUCACUCUUCAGUGCUUUAAAGCAAAUGAUCCUCAGGAAAGAAAAGGUACUUGCUUAUUGCAGGUGUGAAGAGGUUCAGAUUGGUGGAACUUUUCCCUGACGCUGACCCAGAGUUCCUGAUGUAAGAUGCUUUAUUUAAAGAUAUCAGUGAGCUUUUUCACUGGCAUAUCAAGACUUCAUAACACUAGGAAGGUGUCCAGCCUUUUCCAUAUGCUAGUUCCUUCCCUUAUUUGCCAGAUGGGGACCCCGUGGGGAGGUGACCCAGUGUGAGGCCGAAGCUCUUUCCCAGAGCCCCGCAGGCCAGCGGAGGGUCGUGUUUGCGCUCUGGGCAUCACCGUCUGGGGUCUCGGUCCUCUGUGACUGCAGCUCCCACAUCCCUGCUCUGAGAUAAAUGUUCUUCCCGUGAAGCAGACGGUUCACUUUUGGGAUGGCGCUAUCCCCAAGUUUGGCUGUCUCAGUCCAGAUGAUGGUUUUGGUUAGUUUCCAUUCCCAGAACCACAUGCCUAUGAGUUCUGAGAGUUUGUGACAGACUCAAGGGGCUAAUUUGGGAGAUGUGAGAUUCCCAGCUACCCCUGGUAUUGCCCCCAAGUUCAUGGCAAAUUUCGCUAUGGGAAAUAGCUCUUGUCAAGACCAAGCUCCACCACAUUGCCUCCCUCUUUUGGAUGGCCAUGGCAUCUCAUGAACCACUUGGAAAUGUGUUUUAUGUUGUUCUUCAAAUAUUAAUAAAAAUGUCCUGGAGAGGAGGUUCA